AUGGACUACAGGAUAAAGUUAUGCGACUUUGAACAUACGGCUGAUGUCGGGGACCUGUCAUACCAGGCACCGGAAGCCCAGACUAAUGAAUACAACCAUUUAAUAGAUAUCUACAGUUUAUCUCUAAUUGGGUCUCAAAUCUUUGGUUUCAAUGUAAACGAUAUAAUCGACGGAAAGAACGGCAGGUUUUUCAAAAUAUGUGACUUUGGUUUGGCUACUGUUCACAAACACAAGUCCGUUGUCGGAGAUAAGGACUAUUGUGCGCCGGAAGUGGAGUGGAAUGACUACACGUAUAACCAUAUGAUAGAUGUCUACAGGACUGGUGUUUUGGUGAAUCCUUUUGGGAACCUCAUUCUGGCGCUCAAUGAACCGGUGGUGAUGUGGAAAAAGGUCAACACCGGCAGCCCUAACCACAUGCCCACCAGUUUGGGUGACCAGAACGUCCUCCGUGGGGAGGAUUGUCCGCCUGUCGACCCCUCAGAACAUUGUCCUCCCGGCGUCUGA